GUGCACUUCCUCCAACUUCAUUCGAUUUGUCGUCGGCGCGUUGUCUCUGCCGCGCUGGCGGCGCCAAAUGACUGGACUGCUUUUCGAGUUUUGUAGCAUUCACGGUCUGAUUGGCUCACGCAACUGCAACUGACUGGAACCCCUCUGAUGUCAGCCAAUCAGAGUGCAGUAUGUGAUUGGCGUGCCACAAUUAUCAAAUGUCGCAUUAUCCGGAUGAUUCAACGAUUUUAUCCGUGUGCUUGAGAGCGCCCAUCGUGACUGGUGCCCAAACGUCAUACCUGUUCCACGAUGUUUGGCCGAGUGUUUUCUAGGGUGACGGCGACGGGGCCGAGUCUGCUACGACCGACCACGUCGUCAUGGAUGCAAGGCGCCCAAGAACGCUCCAUGGCCAAGCUGAGUGAACGUGCAUUGCGACGCAAACAGCUGCGCGAGAGCAAGAAGAAGGCGACGCGCAUUCCUCCGAUCAAGGAAACGCUGCGCAAGCUGUACCUCCGCACGCACCCGGACUUGUUUGGCCAAUUCCCCAAAGAACAACACACCAACACCGAAUCGUACAAGGAACUGAUGGGCAUCUUGGACGCGAUCGCAAACAUCCGCGGCGAAUUCCCGCCCGCCAAGACGCUGUCGUUGCCGUUCUACCUCACCACCGGCACGGCCGGCCAAUUCAAAAACGUGACAUUGAACCUGAAAACCACCGGUGGCGCCUGCAGCACGUUGAUGGAGACGCAGUUGGGCAAAUUCUUUGAAGAAUGUGGAUGGGAACCGUUGUUCGAGUGGAACAAGGGCAGCUGGGGACUCACGACCACGGCGGUGCUGCCGCCGGACGACACGUAUGAGCGCGACGAGGCCGUGCCGCAGCGCGCGCCACAGCCAGAGGUCGCGCCAGCGUUCCGCGAGCAGCCCAAAGCGAGCCAGCCAGACGAAUCCAAGAUGGAGGUGCUGCUGAGGGAGCUGAACGACGUGCUCGAGGUGAUUGCGGCCGUGCCGUACUUUGCCCACGAAGAAGAGGGCGAUUACAAGGACAUUUACGAAUUGUACACGAACGAAGACGAAAACUCGGUCAACGGCCUCAAAGAAAUCGAGCGCCGCGGCGGGUACAACAUCAUCCCGUCCACGCACAUGAUCUGGGAAGGCGAGCGUGACGCCGCCGUGUUGAUCCAAGGUCUGGACAUGGACUCAGCGCUCAUCGUCCAGCGUAUCCUCAUGCAUGCAAUCACGAUGGACAAGAAGGUAGACGACUUUGUGCAGGCCGAGAAGGCCAAGAUGGCAGCAGGAGAAUCGAGCGACGACAGCGACGAUGAAGAUGAUGAUGAUAUCAAGGACGCACAAAUCACAGAGAAAAAGGUCGAGUAAAUGGCAGUAAUUUUGGCAUGAUUGAUACUUUUGACAUA